AUGGCCCAAUCCGUGCCCCCAGGAGACAUCGCCACGCAGCCGAACGCGAAGAUCGUGUUCAACGCGCCGUACGACGACAAGCACACCUACCACAUCAAGGUGAUCAACUCGUCGGCCCGCCGCAUCGGAUACGGAAUCAAGACGACGAACAUGAAGCGUCUCGGAGUGGACCCGCCGUGCGGAGUGCUCGACCCCAAGGAGGCUGUGCUUCUCGCCGUCUCGUGCGACGCGUUCGCCUUCGGACAGGAGGACACGAACAACGACCGCAUCACGAUCGAAUUUGAUUCUUUUUGA